AUGCUAAAUACUACUGUUGUGGAGGUAAGGCCAGCCAAGACUACGACCGAACCAAACCAGAGCAGGCAGGUGAUCACAUCUAAACAUGUGCCCCAUGCCAGCACUGGACCGAACACGAUCACCGUCUCGGAGGAUCUUGACGUACGCCCAUCUACAUCAAAGAGGGCCACGUCGGGGCCAAAGAGAGGUGAUGACCAAUGCGGCACUACGAAGUCUGCUAGCACAACACCCAAGGUGCUGUCCGCAAUCUCCUCUACUCGAGGAACCGCGACGGCUUCCAAAGGUACAGCAAGCAGGCCUAGUAUUAAGCGGCAAAGGUCAGGUGAAACGCAGGUGUCUGAGGGUAAGCGGCUGAAACCAUCAACUAGCUUAACAUCAGCACCUGAGCUACAAGUAGCCAUCAUAGAUCGUAGUCAACCUGAUGGGAAAAUGACUACGGACAGAUGGCUGCUUCUGGAGGAGAAGAUCUUGCGGGCACUAGUGGACGAACUCGCAUGCAGUGAGGAUGAUUCCUUCACUGCAUUCGAUGGCGCCAAAUGGUUAAAGGGUGUCAAGAUCAUCGGGUGCGGUAACGAGAAGGCUCUAGGCUUUCUCAGUAACUGUAUCCGAGGAGUUGGCGAACUCUGGCCCAACGCAAGAAUCGAAAUCGUCCCACUGGAUCAAGUACCUUUUCGUACGACGGUGAGAGUGUGGGUCCCUCCUCCCCUUUUGGAGGACGAAGCCACGCUAACACUUAUAAAGCGUCAGAACAAGGAACUUGGUACAGAUGACUGGACGAUUGAACGAGGACGCUCUAGGGACAAAGGAGAAGGCAAGGAUCUCUGGAUCAAAAUUGGUUCAGAAUCCCUCCGACUCCUGCGUUCUUCGCAAGGCGUCAUCAAGUACGGGCUUAACCAACUCCGGUUGAUCUUGCCCGCGGUGAAGCGCAAUGAUGAACCCAAGCGGCCUGAGAGUGGUACAGAUUAAUCUGCACCACUCCGA